AUGUCUCGGUCGAGCUUCAGCAUCCGGAGGUUCAUCUCGCCUCGCCGCUCACAGGCGGUCGACGCCGAGGAGGAACGUCGCCACUCGGAGGACUCGGCCGCGAGCGAGGACCUCUUCAUCUUCAAGUCCCGACGUAAGCAGCAACAACAACAAAAGUCAAACUCAUGGGCGCCGGCCAGACGUCCAUCCAACGCCAAGGCCCGCAGGCCAUCGAGGGAGGACACCCUCGACACCAGGCCUAGGACCUCGCGAGAACAUCCUGCGCUGAGAGGAACCCCUGCCAGCUCAGCGUCACGAACGGACAACAGCCCGGAUGACUGGUCACUAAAUGUUCAAGACCUCAUCCGAGAAACAGACGAGGCAUUCAAGGCCGUAGGGACAGCCAUCGAAGAAGCCAAGGUCGCCGUCUCGUCUUUCAACACCCCAGAGACGAGGCGUCCAUCAUCUCCUACCAUCACCAACAUGGAAUCGCCUCUCAUGUGGUCAACGAAACCUCAUGCCAUUGCGAACAGCACUCCUCCCCUUCCCCCUCCAGUCCGCAAUGUUUCAGGUUCAUCAACAUCCAGACCCCGCAGGAAGAAGUCAAAGAAGGUUAAGCGAUCAAAGUCACGGUCCAAGAAGAACGCUCGAUGGCAGCUCGGAGAGGAAGUCGUCGACAUCCUCAGCGGCCAGUUCUUCCGCAAGAUGGAGGUCAACGAGCUCCUCUCACCAGACCACCUUCAAGCCUUGAGGGCCGGCCGGGAGACUCAGGCUCGCAUCUCGAGCGACACCGCAAGGACAGUCGACACGGACGGCAGUGAGACACCCGUCGAGCCUUUCCAUCUCCAAGACCUGCCCCGCCGGAUAGGAGCGGCAGGUGUUGGCAUGGUGGUUACAUCCAGCGACACCGUGUCACAUUCUAAGCCCCUCGAACCAGCUGUGCGACGGCGCUUCUCGGUGAAGGAGAAGUCCCCGCGGCGAAAGAAGCCCGUCGCCGCGCCCGCCAGAGAUUCCACGACCAGAGACACCGCGGAGAUUGACGACAUGGCCGCCCCUCCCCCUCCGCCGGCGAAGAACCCGCUGAGGUUCGCGCCCCGGCCGCAGGCACCACAGCUAGCCACGAUACCGGAGGUCAUCAUCACGACACCGGACACGACGACAUAUUCAGACAGAACGCAGAAACAGGCGACGCGCACGUUCGCCCCCGUCGACGAGGACGACUUCGUCUUCCUCCAGUCGACAAACUACACACUCAACCACCCCAACCUCCGCCACGGACAGAUCCGCUUCCCCAAGUCCGACGUCGUCCAGGGCAUGAAGAUCGACCCGGACGACACCCUGGACUGGACCGCAUUCCAGAUGGCCAUCCUCGGCGGCGCGGGCGACCUCUUCUCGGACCCGUCGGACUUUUCGCAGCGGUCGGAGGCCGAAGAGACGGCGGACCUGGUCGACUGGUUCGAGGAGUUCGGCUUCGACCACCACGGCCUGCUCAUCUCCUCCGCCGCCGCCGCAGCGGCACUAGCCAGCCCCGCCAGCGUUAGCGCCAGCACGACGGCGUCCGAGUACUCGCCCAUGUCGUCGGUCUCGACGGACAUCAACCUGCCGAUCCCGGUGGAGUUUGAGCACCCGAGCGGGUUCUGGAACGAGGGCAAGUUCGACGCGUCCAAGUUCCUCACCAAGGGGUGCAACAUCCGGCGGUGGACGAUGGAGGGCCACCCCAAGCGGUACAACCGCGAGAGCAUCGAGAGCCUGCCGCCCAGCCCGAUGAUGGACCUCGUCAUGGUGAGGGGCACGGACGGGGAGGCGGAGGUGGUGCCGAUGGGGUACAACCUCGGGCACGACCUGGGCGAUUUCCUGCGAUGGGAGGCGGAGCACGUCUACGCUACGGGGGUGUACUGA